ACGGAAAGGUAGAUGUUCUAGGGGCAAGACUUAAAUCAUUUCCUCCUCGUCUCAUUGUACCUAAAAACAGGCAAGCGGAGAAAAGAUGCCAACACCCCGGACAAAAUAAAGCGGAAUUACACUUUGUCUGAGAACCAUAAAGAGACAAACGACCAUUAACUGACGUAAUAUUAAAGUCAGGGGCUUUAUAGACCUUCACAGCACGCCGCCCGGAUUUGGUAAUAAACGGAUUGUCAGUCCAAAGCAGACCGAGCUGGACACUGAUGGAUUUUUUCCAGCAGCUUCUUCUCCUGCUUUGGAAGAAUGUCACCUGUCGCAGAAGAAACAAGGUUCAAUUGAUUAUUGAGAUCUUCUGGCCACUCUUCCUCUUUGUUAUCCUCAUUUAUGUUCGUAACACCAAUCGUCCUCGUCAGCAAGGUCAAUGUCACUUUCCAAACAAAGCCUUACCAUCAGCAGGCACCUUGCCCUGGAUUCAAGGUUUCAUCUGCAAUCUCUACAAUCCCUGCUUUAGUAGCCCAACGUUAGGGGAGACCCCGGGCCAAGUGGGCAACUUUGAUGACUCCAUAAUUUCUCGUUUCUUUGUGGACGCGCAGAGGCUUUUAAACUACACCGCAAAUCAGGAUGUGUCAAGCCUCGCUGCGCUGAGGACCACCAUCCAGAGUGUGGGAAGAAAACCAGAACUCUGGCCAACUCUCUCAGUAGCGCAGUUCCUAAGACCCAAUGAGAAGUUUUCCACCUACUUGAGCACCAAAGGUGGCCUUCCGCCUGCAACUAUGAAUAAGCUGCUGAAGAGCCAACUUAAUUUUAAGCCUUCUUUGGCCGCACCUCCGCUGAAGUUAAAGAAUCUGCUAUGCGACUCAAAGCAGUUAAAUCAGUAUCUUAUUUUGGAUCCAAAUGAUCUGAAUGACCUUCAACCGCAACUGUGCGCGCUGCCCGAUGACGUCGCUCAGGACGCCUAUCGCAUCUUUCUCUCCCAGAUGGACACGAGCAAAGUCGUCAGAAAUUUCAUGGCUAUGAGCCCCGCUGACAAGACUGCCCUGAGACAAUCCGUCAGCUCCGUUGCCGUACAGUUCGCGGACCUCGUCAAAGUUUUCUCAUCCCUCUCCAGCUUCUCUGAUAUGAAUGAGGAAGUCAGCCUGUUAUCUCCCAAAAAUUGGACUCACAAUUACGAGUCGAUGGCAAGGAUCCUGUGCAAUCGCUCCGGGCUCAUCGCUCAAAACGUGCCAUCCAUCAACUCGUAUGUCGACAGUGACCGGAACGUGGUCUUCCAAAAAAAGGAUGUCAACAACGCGAACGACACUGCUUUCUGCCAGAACUUGAUUCAACAUAUAAGAGCCAGUCCCUUGGCUAAUGUAUGGCGAGUCAUUAAGCCUAUCGUCAAUGGGAAACUGCUGUACACACCGGACACGCCCGCAAUUCAACAAGUUAUGAAAGAGGUGAACAAGACUUUUCAAGACCUCCAUAUCUUCAAGGACCUGAACGACGCUUGGUUGGAAGUGGGGCCGGAAAUAAUAAAGACCAUGGAGACCAGAGUGGAGAUUCCGGUAUUGAAGGGCUUGCUUCUGUUGCCCGAUAUAGCUACGGAAGUCAACCAGCGACUGAAAAACACCAAAUGGACAGCCUCCCGCUUGGCUCAUUUCUUGUCCAGUCCUCCACCGGAUGCACCAAGGAGGUCUGGAGAAAAUGCAACCUGGCAAGACCUUUACAAAGACAUCAAUGACACCAUCACCCAUCUUGCUCAAGUCACCGAGUGUUUUUUCGUCAACAAGUUGGAGGGUUUCGAGGAUGAAGAUCAGCUGGUCAGGAGGUCUUUGGAGCUCCUCGAGGACAGAGCGUUUUGGGCAGGCGUGGUGUUUGAGCUUCCCAAUUCUUCUUCCGAGCUGCCGUCCAACGUCUCCUACAAGAUCCGAAUGGACAUUGACGAUGUGACUCGUACUGAUAGAAUCAAAAAAAGGUUUUGGGAUGCCGGCCCAGUGGCUCAUCCAUUCAGAGACAUGCUCUACAUCCGUGGAGGCUUUGUAUAUAUCCAGGACCUGGUGGAGAAGGCGCUUUCUCGUGUUCUGACCAAAGCACAACAAAACAUUGGCCUCUACAUCCAGCAAAUGCCAUAUCCGUGUUUUGUGGACGAUAUUUUCCUUCGAAUGUUGAAUCGCACCCUGCCACUUUUCCUGACGCUGGCCUGGAUCUAUUCGGUGGCGGUAAUCAUUAAGGGCGUGGUUUACGAGAAGGAAGCCAGGCUGAAAGAAACCAUGAAAAUUAUGGGUCUGAGUACAGGAACUCUGUGGCUCAGCUGGUUCAUCAGCAGUCUUGUGCCUUUCCUGCUGUCUGCCGCACUCCUGAUUGGGCUGCUUAAGUGGGGGGAUAUCCUGCCAUACAGCAAUAUGUUGGUGGUCUUUUUCUUCCUGAUGGCCUUUGCCACCGCCACCAUCACGCAGUGCUUCCUCAUCAGUACUUUCUUCUCCAAGGCCAACAUGGCCGCCGCAUGCGGGGGGCUCAUAUACUUUGGCCUCUACCUUCCAUACGUACUGUUUGUGUCGUGGCAAGACCGUGUCACCAUCACUGUGAAGGUUUUUGCUAGCUUUCUGUCUCCCGUGGCCUUUGGGUUCGGCUGUGAGUACUUCUCUCAAUACGAGGAGCAAGGCAUCGGGAUACAGUGGUACAAUCUACACUCCAGUCCAGUGGAGGACGACCCGUACAACUUUGCUACGUCUAUAGCGAUGCUUUACGUGGAUGCCUUUAUCUACGGGGUGGCAGCCUGGUACAUCGAAACGGUGUUCCCUGGUGAAUAUGGCAUCCCAAGGCCAUGGUACUUCCUCUUUCAUAUCAACUACUGGAAGGGGAUUACCAUGGAGGAUGGCAUUCCAAUUCCCUCUGCCCCCGCAGAGCGCGUGAAAGAUCGCAUCGAAGCCGACCCAAGUAACCUCGUCCUCGGAGUCAACAUAAGCAACCUGGUGAAAAUCUACAAGAAAGGAGCCAAGCUGGCCGUCAACCAUCUCAACCUAAAGUUCUACGAGGGGCAGAUCACGUCAUUUCUGGGUCACAACGGAGCAGGAAAAACGACCACCUUGUCUGUAUUGACAGGUAUGUUCCCACCCACCUCGGGCACGGUGUACAUUAACGGGAUGGACAUACGCUACGACGUGGACACCAUUCGGAGGACUUUAGGUGUUUGCCCCCAACAUAAUGUCCUGUUUGAUGUUCUAACAGUGGAGGAGCAUGUGUGGUUUUAUGGACGUCUGAAGGGUAUGUCCAAAGACGAGGUGAAUGCCGAGCUUGACUCUUGGCUUGAAGAAGUUGGACUUCUUCACAAACGUCAUGAACUGAUUGAAACCCUCUCUGGUGGCAUGAAGAGGAAGCUGUCGGUGGCAAUAGCAUUUGUCGGAGGCUCCAAGGUGGUUGUUUUGGAUGAACCUACAGCAGGGGUGGACCCGUACUCCCGUCGGAGCAUUUGGGACUUGUUGCUGAAAUACCGCAAAGAUCGAACCAUUAUCCUCUCCACUCAUUACAUGGACGAGGCCGAGCUACUUGGCGACCGCAUCGCCAUCAUCUCCCACGGAAGGCUGCGCUGCUGCGGAUCGCCGCUUUUUCUGAAAUCUAAACUGGGAUCUGGCUACUCCCUGACUGUUGUCAAAAAGGAAAGCAAUGUUUUGCGUACUGGAGACAUACGCAGACUCUGUAAUGGAGACCUCGGACCGCCUUAUGUGGACAACACUUCAUCCAUGGAAACACUGAUGUCCUUGGCACAGCGCCACUUUCCUGAUUCCAAGUUGGUGGAGGAGACAGGACGUGAGGCGGUGUUGAAUCUACCCCAGGAAGCCUCCAAGGACAGCCGUUUGGCUGUCUUCCUGUCUGAACUGGAUCAGAAUCUAGCCGAGAUUGGAAUCGAAAGCUACGGCCUGUCUGACUGUAAACUGGAGGACAUCUUUCUACGGGUGGUUGAGGAAACUGCGGAACCAGAUCUGCAGACUGAUUCGACUCAGCAGACACAUGAAGAAGAGCCUAAAAUAGAACCUGCGGAGACAGACAUGCUGAGUGGACUCGGCCAAGGCGUCACCCUGACUGGAUGGAAUCUGACCCGCCAGCAACUGAGAGCUCUCUUCAUCAAACGAUGGCUGUACGUUCGCAGGAGCCGUCGAGCCCUCUUUGCUCAGAUUGUGCUGCCUGCUGUGUUUGUGCUGGCCGCUCUCUUUGUCAGUCGUGUUGUACCGGAGUUUGGGAAGUAUCCAUCACUGCAGCUCCAGCCUUGCAUGUAUGGAGAACAGUACACCUUCUUCAGCAACGAUACUCGUGGAAAUGCACCGAUGGAGAAGCUCCUCGAAACCUUGCUGGACCUGCCAGGUUUUAGUACCAAGUGUUUGGAGAACAUCAAACACAUCCUGGCCCAAAAGUAUGACAGCAAACCAGGACGUGAGUUCCAACGGCCCCAUGUCCCCAUCUCCACCCAGCAAAUCUUCACAACGGGCAACUGGACCAAGGAGAGGCCUUCUCCGGAUUGUCAGUGCAGCACAGAUGAUGCACGGCAUAUGCUCCCAAAGUGUCCGGAGGGGGCCGGCGGACUUCCCCCUCCUCAGGUCCCAAGUCACUAUGGUGUCAUCCUGCAAAAUCUGACGGGUUAUAACAUGUCAGAUUACCUGGUAAAGACCUACUCACAAAUUCUUAAGAAGAGCCUGAAGGCCAAGACCUUGGUGAAUGAACUUCGAUAUGGCGGCUUUUCCCUCGGAAGCGUACGGCCUUUACCUAAGGACUUUAUUGUCCAAGAUUCAGUCACGAAGAUCCAAAACAAGUACCGGGACUCCAUUCCACAGGAUAGUCUAUUGAAUGACUUCUUAAACAAAGUGGUUGGAUUUCUGGAACGUCUUGAUGCACAAAACAACGUCAAGCUGUGGUUCAAUAACAAAGGCUGGCACUCUUUGGUGACAUUUGUCAACGUGCUGAACAACGGCUUGCUCCGAGCUGGACUACAAGAUGAUUCACAGAAAGCAAGCAUCACAGCCUAUAAUCACCCACUGAACCUCACCAAGGAGCAGCUUGGGCAAAUUGCCAAGAUGUCGAGUUCAGUGGACCUUGUGCUUUCUGUCUGUGUGAUGUUUGCCAUGUCCUUUGUGCCAGCCAGUUUUGUGCUUUAUCUCAUUGAGGAAAGAGCCAGUAAAGCAAAACACCUCCAGUUUGUAAGUGGCGUCCAACCAAUCCUCUACUGGGUGGCCACCUUUUGCUGGGACAUGCUGAACUACACGGUCCCGGCCAUUAUCGUGGUGCUCAUCUUCGUCGGUUUCCAGCCGGAAGCGUACGUCUCGGCCAACAACCUGCCGGCUCUCAUCAUGCUCCUCCUCUUCUACGGGUGGUCCAUCACCCCCUUGAUGUAUCCAGCAUCCUUUGUGUUCACCGUUCCCAGCACGGCCUACAUUGUGCUGACCUCUGUCAACCUCUUCAUUGGAAUUAAUGGCAGCAUUGCAACAUUUGUUUUGGAAUUGUUUGACGAUGAGCAUUUAAACAGGGUGAACAAGGUCCUGAAGAAGUUGUUGCUCAUUUUCCCUCAUUACUGCUUGGGACGAGGACUCAUAGACCUGGCUAAAAACCAAGCUGAGGCUGACAUCGCUCAGAGACUUGGCAUGAAGCAGGCCUUGGACUACCCUUUGCGUUGGAACUUGGUUGGAAAGAACCUCUUCGCUAUGGGAACUCAGGGUGUUAUCUUCUUUGCGUUUACCUUAAUGCUGCAGUACAAGUUCUUCAUUGCUUACAGGAGUAUCCGAAACUCCUGUCUUAGUUGGUCGUGCUUCAAGCAACGCUCGGUCGUGUGUGGGAGUCCGCCUCUCGGCCCGGAGGACGAGGACGUGGCCAGAGAAAGAGAGAGGGUCAAAACCGGCAAAGCCGAUGCCGACAUCAUCACCACCAUUGACCUGACCAAAAUUUACAAAGCUGGCAAGAAGCCAGCAGUCUAUAAACUCUGCCUGGGGAUUCCUCGUGGCGAGUGUUUUGGCCUGCUGGGUGUCAACGGCGCAGGGAAGACAUCCACUUUUCGCAUGUUGACCGGAGACACGUCUAUUACCUUUGGAGAGGCUUUCCUCAACCACCACAGUGUCCUGAGAGAGUUGGACCAGGUUCACAAGCUGAUGGGAUAUUGCCCGCAGUUUGACGCCAUCUGCGACCUGUUGACCGGCAUUGAACAUCUGGAGCUGUACGCUCGGCUCCACGGUGUGCCUGAGGAGUCCGUCAAAGAGGUGGCUCAAUGGGGUGUGAAGAAAAUGGGACUGAGCCAGUAUGCCAAACAAGAGGCCGGAAGCUACAGCGGAGGCAACAAGAGGAAGCUGUCCACCGCUAUCGCCCUCAUCGGCGCUCCGCCUGUUAUAUUUCUGGACGAGCCCACCACUGGCAUGGACCCGAAGGCAAAAAGGUUCAUGUGGAAUUGCAUCCUCUGCUUCACCAAAGAGGGAAGAGCGGUCGUUCUGACCUCCCACAGUAUGGAGGAAUGUGAGGCUCUUUGCACCAGAAUGGCUAUCAUGGUCAAUGGACGUUUCCAGUGUCUUGGUUCUGUGCAGCACUUGAAGAACAGAUUCGGGGACGGCUACACCAUCAUCCUGCGUCUGGCAGACAGCGAAUCCAAUCCAGACACGUGCCCCGUCAACAACUACAUCAAGAACACCUUCCCCCUGAUCGAGCUGAAGGAGCGCCACCAGAAUGUGCAGCAGUACCAACUUCCAGCACACGCCUGCUGUCUGGCUCAGGUGUUUGGCGUGCUGGCCAAGUAUAAAGAGCUGGGCAUUAGUGACUUCUCCGUUUCACAGACCACCCUGGACCAGGUCUUUGUCAACUUUGCUAAGGAGCAGACGGAUGAUGAACAGCCCACAAACGCCACUGUGGAGAACGGUGCUGUAAAGAGCAACACGGUCCCUCAACGCAUCGAGUUGAGACACUGCAGCAAAGGAGCUCCGCUUGUAGCCAAAGAAGUAUGAGUGAAACGAAAACAUCCGAAAAAAAAUGGAGAUGCAGCAAUGGUGCCAGUAAUAGGCCGAAAAGAGAGCACUCAAGAUUCCGCACAAAUAUCACUGUGAUAAGGUCGUAUGGACAAAUUAGAAGCACGGCUGUUUGUGUUCCCCUUGGAACAUGGCUUCACUAACCCAGUGCCAGCAUGGAAAGGUUAACAUAUUGUUGUUGAAAUUUUGUACAGUUUUUAUAUUUUCUAAUGACUCAAUAAAGGUUGAGAAAUAUUACUCCGGUGUUUGGAGGCAAUGCACAUGUAGUGCCAAAUAGCUCACUGCUGCUGUAACAUUCUGAAAGUAGGAAAUGUCUCACAAUCAGGAAAGUUUUGUAAAUAGUGAUUUAAUCUGUAAAUUUUGCACUGGGAUUAUUUCUUUUUCCCAAUAAAAACAAUUCAGAUCAUA